ACCAAAUAAAACGAAUUUUUUCUUUUUUCUUGUUGAACAAUGAUUUCGUUAUAGUGAUUGAUAAAACUUGUACAAUUUUCUUUAUUCUAUGCUUAUUAGUUGAAAUUGAAAACAUUUUUUACAGUUUUCACCAUAGAUACACAUGGUUUUUUGACAGCACUGGCAUAUAACCUUACAUUUCUAGUAUCUACUUCAUAAAAUGGCUCCAAGGAGAGACAAGAAAGUCAAAGAGGAGGUUCAGGUUUCCUUGGGACCUCAAGUACGUGAAGGAGAAGAUGUGUUUGGUGUUGCACACAUCUUUGCUUCCUUCAAUGACACAUUUGUUCAUGUCACUGAUGUUUCAGGAAGUGAAACGAUAGUGCGUGUCACUGGUGGCAUGAAGGUCAAAGCUGAUCGUGAUGAGGCCAGUCCUUACGCCGCUAUGUUGGCAGCUCAAGAUGUUGCUGAAAAAUGCAAAUCUUUGGGCUUCACUGCUUUACACAUCAAAUUGAGGGCAACUGGCGGAAACCGCACCAAGACCCCAGGUCCUGGAGCUCAGUCAGCCCUGAGAGCUCUUGCUCGUUCAGGAAUGAAAAUUGGAAGAAUUGAAGAUGUAACACCUAUCCCAUCAGACUCGACGCGCAGGAAAGGAGGUCGUCGUGGUCGUCGUCUGUAGAUGUUAUGCUAUCAUAUAAGUUCAAUAAUUUUACGUAUAUUUUUAUCAUAAUAAAAAAGGUUGAAAAAAUGUAUGUCGUUGUAGAUUUUUUCAACUGCAAUUAGCGCGAAUCAUUUUUACUUUUAUGUUCCAUCCGUAAUAAUUUGGUUUCGUAAACAAACAAAACUUGAUUGGAAUUAAAAUUGAUCAGCUUAACUAAUCGGUCACACAAAUAACAGUUAUGAGUAUACUUGGAAUUAUAACUAUCAAAUCUUAUUUUAAAAAGUAGCAUCAACUUUAAACAAAUUGAAUAAAGACGAUUGUAUUGGAAA